GGAUUCUAAAAGAAGAAGCAGAAGAAGAAAGCAGGACUUUGUGUAAAUAUGUCGACGCUGUUCCUUAAACCGAAGUGCCGCUUUCCGUCGUUUGUCGUCGUCCGCCAUUGUGCCGGACGUAGAAAAGGGGGAUUUCCGCUGUGAAACCGAACGGAUAGUUUUGUUUCUUUCGGUUUCAUCUUGACAGUUGCACAUCAGUUCUGUCCAAGCGUGAACGACGACCCCGCUUUUUACUUUUUAAGACAUCGAAUCGACAAAAAGACACCUCGGCAGCACCGAAAAAUAAACGAUCUGCGCACGAUGCAGAAGAUGAGCCUCUUCUCCCCCCUGCUCUUCGUGUGCCUGGACGUGUGCGUGGUGCACGCCGUCCGAGCGGCCCAGCUCUCGGCUCUCCUCCUCCCCCAUCCGUUCCUCUGCCUGUGGGGGGCCGGCGCGACCAGGGCCGCGGUGCUCGCCCUGUUCGCCCACACCUCCCCCGGGAGGCUGCCGUGGAUGAGCAGCUUCGAGGGGCUCCAGAGCGUCGCGGUGCUCUGCUUCCACUUCCCGGUGUACACCACCCUGCUGUGGGCUGUGGGGAUGCCCGCCACGGAGGAGCUGUGGGGGUGGCACUCCUGGGAACGGGUGCUGCAGGGUUACGGGGUGGCGGUCGUGGCUUUCAUCUACUGGAGCCGACACCUGUCGUCUCUUUUUCCCUCGCCGGGCCGAUCCGCGGCGCCCUGCAAGGAGCCCAGAGACGGCGCCGGAGCGCCCGUGAAGCGGCUGAUGGAAUACAUGCUGCCGUAUCUCGGGCGCUUUGUUGUCGUGCUGCUCCUGGUGUUUCUUUCUUCCUCUGGCGAGAUGGCUAUUCCUCAUUUCACCGGUCGGGUGGCCGACUGGAUCACAAAUGAAGAAGCACCUGAUGCCUUCACGGAGGCCAUCAGCAUCAUGACGCUGAUGACUGUUGCCAGCGCCGUGCUGGAGUUCGUGUGCGACCUCACGUACUACCUCACCAUGAGCCGCAUCCACACCUCGGUGCAGGGAGCCGUCUUCCAGGCUGUGCUGAAACAGGAGAUUGCUUUCUUCACUGAGACAGGUGUACUGGUGUCGCGCGUUACCAAGGAUACCAACGAUAUGAGCGAGGCGCUGAGUGAGAAACUGAGUCUCGUGAUGUGGUACACGGCCCGAUUUGUUUUCCUCUUGUCCUUCAUGGUGAUGCAGUCUUGGAUGAUGACCCUGCUCACUUGCAUGGGGCUGCCCAUCAUCUGGGUGAUACCUGAGCUCACCGGACGCUUCCAGAAGGUCAUUGCUGCAAAGGUUCAGGAGUCACAGGCUAAGGCCAACCAGGUGGCCACGGAGACUUUCACCCACAUGAAGACCGUGAGGUGUUUUGCCAAUGAGGACGGCGAGACGGAGCGGUACAGGCGGCGGAUGGACGAAACGUACGCUCUGAACAAGAAGGAGGCCGUGGCUUACGCAGCCUCGACCUGGGCAAACAGCAUGACCACCAUGGCCCUGAAGGUGUUCAUUCUGUACUACGGAGGAACUCUGGUGACCAGAGGCGACGUUAGCAGUGGCGACUUGGUGUCGUUCGUCCUCUACGAGCUGCAGUUUGCCUCUGCUGUGGAGGCCGUCAUGCGCUAUUACCCGGAGGUGAAGAAAGCAAUCGGUGCAUCCGAGAAGAUCUUUGAAUAUUUGGAACGCAAACCUAAAAUACCCCCAAAUGGCUCCUUGGCCCCCGAAAACCUGGAGGGACACAUUCAAUUCAAGAAAGUGUCCUUUUCCUAUUCCGGCACGACGGACGACAGCAAGCUGGUGCUGAAGGACGUGUCCCUGGACAUAAAGCCGGGCAAAGUCACAGCCCUUUUAGGGCUCAACAGCUCAGGGAAGUCCACCUGUGUCCGACUGCUGGAGAGGUUUUAUCAGCCCCUGACUGGGGAGAUCCUGCUGGAUGGGAAACCCCUGCAAAGCUACAAAGACCAGUACCUACAUGACAAGGUCGCCGUGGUGAGCCAAGACUGCGUGCUGUUCGCCCGCUCUGUGCGGGAGAACAUCAAGUACGGCUGCGAGGAGGCCUCCGACGAGGAUAUGCACGCCGCCGCCAAGCUGGCGAGCGCUCACGACUUCAUCAUGGAGCGGCCGGGCGACUACGACACAGACGCUGGGGAGAAGGUGUCCGGAGGCCAGAAGCAACGCAUUGCCAUUGCCAGAGCUUUAAUCCGAUGUCCCAAAAUCCUGAUCCUCGACAACGCCACCAGUGACUUGGACACAGAGAAUGAGUAUCAGGUCCACCAAGCUUUGUUAAACCAAACCAACGGCCGCACCGUGCUGCUGGUGUCCAGCAAGGUGAGUGUUGGGGAGAAGGCCGACCACAUCGUUGUCCUGGGCGACGGGGCGGUUCAGGAGGAGGGAAGCCACGAGGAGCUGAUGCAGAGAGGAGGCCUUUAUGCCGAACUGGUGGAAAAGCAGAAAAGGGGCUUUCACCGCCAAGAAGAGGAGAAAAAUGAUGCACACUGAUGCUGAGAAGCAGUCCAGUUACAAGAAGGUUGCUAGUCUAAAGUCCAGACGAGGGUCAACGUUGUCCACUAUCUUCCAAAAACAGAGAUGCAGCGAUUAACGAAUACUGCAAAAUCUCUGACAGUUGAAAGUUGAAUCAUUCCACGGUAAUUAUUAUCACAUUGUCCAAUUAGCUCCCAAUCUGUCCCGCUGGAUGUGAAGAGAUUAUGAGAGAGAUUAAUACUCUAAUGCAGACAUGUCAAACUCAAAAUACAAGUCUAUUUGGCCAGCAAGCACAUAUCACAUGUCACAUAUCACGGUCAAUAGGACGCACACGGCUGAUACCGAAAGUCCCAGGAGGCGCUGCAAGAGACACUGGAGACGAAUCUAGUGAUUCUCCACAGGGGCUUCAGAGACCCGUUCACCCAGUCGGCCUUGUUUGCACAGCUGGUGUGGCUGUAAUUAAGAAAUAAGGUACGAGAGGCUGUACUUUAUCGUCCAAUAAUGUAAGAGUUCGGGGGUCUGUUUGGCCCUCAACGUUGUCCUCUCUCAUUGAUUCUCUGUGAUUUGGUGUGACACCCCUGCUCUAAUGCUUUUGUACUUUGCAAUACAUAGAUGUAGAAGAGUUCAGUCAGGUAGAUUAUGGAUGUUUGAUUUUUGCAAUAUUUAAGAUGCGCUUAUUUAUUUUGUAUUUCCUAAACUGCACUGCAACUUUAAUUCUAUUUUUUAGCUUAUUUAUUGGUUUAAUGUCUUCUUAAGGUAAUCAAUUGAUCUCAAACGUCUUUUUCUCUUGCCUUAUGUUUCGAUGCCUUUAAUGGUGUUAUGUGGAUCACUUUGAGAUGCCUUGUUAAAAUGUGCUAUACAAAAUAAACCUUGCAUUGCCUUGUCUUGCUUUCUAAAUUUUUCUGGGUGUAUAUUUUUCUUUAUUACUUUUGCAGUAGCGUUCGCUUGUGUUCCUUUACUUAUUUAAAACCACAUUAGUAGCAAAAUAUGAAUGAUUCUUUCCAUGCUACUGUGUGUAUUUUAAUGAAUAAAAAAAUACUAUUUUCAUGCACAUGUGAUACUUGGUUUGUUUCCCUCAUAAUUAGAUUUUUUAUUUAAAUGUAUUCUCUUAAUAUUU